AUGGCUACUUAAAAAAGUUUAAUGAAUGAAUCAAAUAACAUUUAAUAAAUGCUUAAUUCUUUUGAUUUUGCAACUAUAGAUGAAAUGGAUCCAUCUUUAGCUGAUGGGCAUAGAGUAGUUUAUGAUAGAGAAAUUCCUUUUCAUAUAAGAUUUUAAAAGUAAGAUGUUGAAACAGAAGAUUUACCCAAUUUAGAACCAUUAAGGACUAGAGUUUUUAUAUUGGGAGAUGAAAAAAAUUUAUAAUAAUUAAAAUUGGAAUUGAGUAGUGAUAAUGAUAUAUUUUUCCAUUUUACACAUUUAGCUAAUGAAAAUAAUUUUAAAACAAUAAAAUAAACAUAAUAAUUAAACAUUUAAUUUAAUGAAUAUCCUUCUAUAUGUAUAAAAUGCUUUAAUAAAGUUGAAAAAGACUAAAACUAAUAUUCUGCUAUUUUUACAAUAAUGAAUGAAGGAAUGGGAAGACUUGAAAUAGUUUAAAGUACUGAAUAUAAGAAUAUUGAAGUUAUAGCCUUUGAAUUUUAAGCAAGUAAUGACGAUUUAAUUAGAUAAAUUAUUACGUUUAGAUACAUGAGUUUAAAAUCUAAAUUAGCUUUAAUGGAAGGAAGGCUUUAAGAUAUAAAUGAAGUUGUUAGAGUUAAAAAUCCUUCUUUGUUAUUAUAAAUAUAAAAGACUAUGCCAGGUUAAAAUAAUAGAUCAACAAUAAAAAAAUGA